UAACGGUCGAACUGCGGUCACACUGCUUGCAUCAUCUCCCAGCGCGUCUGUAAAGUGAUAAAAUAAUUUUGCUUUUGAAUCGCCUUGAGAAUUUCCGUCACUCCAUAUAUAAAUAUCGUGUAACAGCCUGAUUUAGUCGGGCCCGAGAGCAUUUCCCCCAAUUGGUUGCGAAUAGCUGUGAACUUCGCUAAUUCGGCACGCUAAUUGGCAAAGCAAAACCGAUUCGAUUCCAGGGAAGGAGACGCAUAAGCAGAAGAAGGGUGAAGAACAAAAGGAGGAGGAAAACAACAGUUAAUCGUCAAAUUUUACAGGCAAAAGGCAGUCCACAAUGAGCUCCGCGGAAGAAAACAGCAACAGCCCGGCCACCACGCCCCAGGACAACGAGGCCGCCGAGCAGGUCAACCUCACGGAUCUCGAGAAGAUCGAGGAGGAGAAGCUCAAGUCCAAGUACCCCAGUGGAAUGCGAGUACCCGGAGGUCACUCGGCCUUUCUCCAGAAAAGGCUGCAGAAGGGGCAAAAGUUCUUCGACUCGGGCGACUACCAGAUGGCCAAGCAGAAGGGUGGCAGCGUUAAGCAGGUCUUUGCCAACAAGGUGACCACCGGAGAGGCCAUUCCCACGCCCGAAACCGUGCCGGCACGAAAGACUUCGAUCAUCCAACCCUGCAACAAGUUCCCAGCGACAAGCUAAUUUACUCACCUCUUACACCUUCUAUAUCCACAACCUCAAAUGCAGCCAGUUCCCCGUUCCCACUUCAAAUGCUCUAUAUUUAAUUUUAAAGAAAAACCUAGUGCUAAGAUGGCUACUGCCGGAUUGGGCAGGCAUUUCGCGCGGAAGUUUAACCUGAAUUUGAAGCUCCUCGUUCCCCCGUAAAAUUUAAACGCCACCGCACCAGCCAAUCUCAAGAUCCCGUCAUCAGUCCAUCUCUCAGGCCGGGGAAGCGAAGAUGGCAGAACGCAGCACGAAAUUUAUUGCAACAGUUAUAUAUAUCUCUAUUUCUGUAACAUUAACUAAACUUACCCUGAUCGUACGUAGCUGUAAGUAUUACGAGCAUAAUAAAUUUAAGUUGGAGCCAGCCACACACAUAUACAGUUCUCGUACAUUACUGGGAUUCCCUCAACUUCUUAUAAUUUACAUUUGCCUUAAAGUUUUAACAAAGACUCCAUAUUGCAUGGAAAAUAUUUAAAUUUUAAAGAGCUCCCAAUCAUAAGCGGUUGAAGGAAUUUCUCUGAACAUUUGAUAAUAAAAUAGGUCGCUGCUGCUUGCAGAGUUAAAUUAUUAAUGCGAAAGCCAAAAUGUCGAGUUAAAAUAAAUUUGUAAAUCAAGCAGAGCUAAAAUAAAUGUAUGUACGUACCUACUAAUAA